AUGGCAAUCACAAUCCUACCGCCCGUCGCGGACAAUGUCGACGUUCCCUACCCAGAUUCCGACUUUGACGAAAUGUCAGUCGACUCAGACGGCGGCGUUGACCUCACACCUGCAAAAUCACGACCAACAAAGCGACCUCGUUUAAUAGAAGGAACAGACAUUGGGACGGGGAUUAUCACACCGGGAGAGGUUGUCACGAAUGAUCCGCAGUGGAUGAGAGGCCAUGGAACCUACAUAAACCCCUUGUCGACAUCCAUUAUUGCCACAGUCGCUGGAACCGUUCAGAAAACAAACAAACUCCUCUCCGUUCAACCCCUCCGCGCCCGCUACACUCCUGAAAUCGGCGAUCUAGUCGUGGGCCGCAUAGUUGAAGUUCAGUCGAAACGCUGGAAAGUUGACAUCGCAGCACCCCUCUUGGCCGGUCUCCCUCUCUCAGCCAUUAACUUACCGGGAGGUAUCCUGCGCCGGCGAACAAGCGCCGACGAACUGCAGAUCCGGACAUUCUUCAGCGAGGGCGACUUGCUCGUUGCGGAGGUGCAGACGGUGCAUCAGGACGGCUCGGCGUCGCUUCACACUCGGUCGCUCAAGUACGGGAAGCUUCGGAAUGGGGUUUUUCUUGCGGUUACUGGAACGGGGGGUAGUGGUGCGUCUAGUUCAUCGACGAAGGGAGGUUUGAGCUCGAGAUCGUCGGCGGGAGUCGUCCGCUCGCGCAGACAGAUGUUCACCAUCCAGACGUCCAACGGAGGCGGCGAGGUUGAUAUUGUCCUCGGGGUGAACGGGUAUAUCUGGAUCUCAAAGCACGCGGAGGGCACGGCGGCUGCGUCCUCGACUACGGAAAGCGUUUCCAUCACGCGCAUGGAGGAAAUGGUCUCAAACUCGGUUUACUCGAGCCAGAAUGAUGAGAUUGCGCCAGCUACACGGCGCGAGAUUGCGCGGUUGACUCAGUGUAUUCGGGUUCUGAUGCAGGGUGGGCUCCGGGUUGACGAGGAGACGGUUACGGGGGCGUACGAGGCUAGUCUGCAGGUGGAUCUUGAGCAGGGUGAUGAUGAGGACUACGAUGGAGAUGGCCGGCAAAAAGAAGGCCGGGAGUAUCUAGAAGGGAGUCAAGCUCGGCGCAUUAUACAAUUGGUGACGGCGCGGCAAUAG